AUGUGGGUUACAAAAGCUAGCCCUGAAGAGGAUAAUGGGGAUUAUGGAUCAUUAAUUGUGGGUUUCUCAAGCACUGGAUUCACAGAAAUAAUUAGGCGCUUUUAUCGCUCGGCUGGAAGCAGUAUAUCACGUCCGCGUACAGUCGCUGCCAUAUUGGCCCCUCCACUCUGUGGAAGUAUUGCUGCGCUUUCCUGGCAUUACCUCGUGUCUAAUCCAAUCAAGACACGCAAACUCAGGUGUGCAGCAUGUGCAUCAAUAAGAGGAUCUUUAAUUCUUGUACUCAAUGGCUGUCUGUUGCCAUCAUUUCUAGUUGCUUUGUUUUAUUUUAAGAGGAACCCAAGUUUACAACAACUAGUUGCCGCGACUUUUCUAGACUUCUGUGACAAUCCAUAUCUCGGUCGAUCAAAGCCGUAUGUAAUUGGCCUUGGUGCUUUCCAGGCUGUACUUGGCUAUGGACUGGCCAGCUGGAUUUACACUGAGGAAUUUAUUAAAACAAGAAACAAAAAGAAGCUGUAA